ACACUUGUAUAUAUAAGCUAGGGGAAGCCAAAUCAUCUUCAUUAUUCUGUGCUUAACUUUGAGUUGAUUAGCUAAUUCGAUCGAAUAUGGCACUUAAGGGUAAGUUGGAGACUGAAAUAGAAAUAAAGGCCGAUGCUCAGAAGUUCUACGAAACCUUUAAGCAGCAAUCCCACCAAGUUCCCAACGCCACUGACCAUAUACAGGCAGUUGCGGUGCAUGAAGGUGAUUGGGAGACACAUGGCUCUGUCAAGAUCUGGCAAUAUACUGUGGAGGGGAAUGCCGAGGUUUUCAAAGAGAAGGUUGAAUUUGAUGAUGCAAGCAGGACAGUAACUCUUGUUGGUGUUGAAGGAGAUGUGAUGAAGAGUUACAAGACCUUUAAAGUCAUCUAUAAGGCUACUCCCAAGGCUGAUGGCGGCUUGGCGCGCGCGACAGUGACUAAUACUAUUGAAUAUGAGAAACUGAGAGCUGAUGUUCCUGCACCAAAUAAGUACUUCACUAUGAUGGUUAACAUCGCUAAGGAUGUUGAUGCCCAUCUUGUCAAGGCAUAAUAAAAAGGAUGCUGCCUAGCUUGAUCAUCUACUCCUAUUAUAUGUAUAAUCAUAAAAGCCAGUUUGUGGAUUAGUGUUUCGUCGUGUGUAUUAAAUAAGUGAAGACCGAAGAGCAUGUUGUGUUAUUGCUCGUUAUGUCUUCAAAUUAAUUUGUGUAAUCAGUUUUUAAGGUGUCUAAAACUAUGAAGAAAUUUCUUAUGAUUUUUAUGGAUAUAUAUGAAAUUAGCAUAUAUACAUUCAGCAUAA